AUGCCUAGACGGACAUCAGUCAACCAAGGCCACCUAAACUUACAUCCAGACGUUCAACAAGACAAGCCAGGACCGAAAGGGAACGAGCCCAAAGACCUCAUGAUUACACCCCAGGUGUUAAAUGCUCCAUGGACGAGGCCAUGCAGAGAAUGCCGCAGCCUAGGAAUACCCUGCGGCGAAAAGAGGAGGAUGGGUGAACAGUGCCCCCAGUGCGCGACACUUGGGUACACCUGUCAUUCAACGGUCGAGGACGCCAAAAAUGCUAUAAUCACGGAUAUGAUAGCGAAGCUUCGGCAAUCCGCCAUCAUGGACGCUACGGCCGCUGAUGUUGAAACCUCCGCUCCGCACGCCUGGCGCAAAGAGAAGGUGCCUGCGGUCGACGUUGAAUCGUAUACGCAGCCGUUUCUCUCCUUCAUCUCCGAGAACCCCACUACCUUUCACGCUGUAGCAACCGUAUGCAAGAGACUCGAAUCGCGUGGCUUUACGAAUCUAUCGGAGCGCGACUCGUGGACAAGCAAGCUUUCAAGAGGUGGCAAAUACUGCUUCACAAGAAAUGGCAGUAGUGUGAUUGCUUUCGUCGUUGGCAACAACUACGAGUCCGGAAACGGAGCAAGUGUCAUUGCUAGCCAUAUCGAUGCUCUUACUACACGGGUGAAGCCCAUUCCGACACUGUCUACCAAGGCAGGCUACAUUCAGCUUGGCGUCGCGCCUUACGCUGGAGCGUUAAACAAUACCUGGUGGGAUAGGGAUCUAGGAAUUGGAGGGAGAGUGUUGGUGAAAAAUGGUAAGACUGGGAAGAUAGAGACAAAGUUAGUCAAAUUGGGAUGGCCUAUUGCCAGGAUACCGACGUUGGCGCCUCACUUUGGCGCCGCUGCGGACCUCUCGCAUCCCAACAAAGAGACCGAGAUGGUUCCUAUUAUCGGCUUGGACAAUGCACAGUCCGAGGAUGAUUCAUCGGAUAAACGACAGGACUUCAAUAUCCUAGGCGGCGCUGGGACCUUCACGGCUACACAGCCAGAGCGAUUGGUAAAAGCAAUAGCAGGAGAGAUGAACAUCCAAGACUAUAGCAGCAUCGUCAACUGGGAGCUCGAGCUUUUCGACACUCAACCGGCCCAGCUCGGCGGCCUGGACAAAGAAUUCAUCUUCGCAGGGCGUGUCGAUGACAAACUCUGCUCCUUCGCCGCUAUUGAGGCACUCAUUGCCUCCAGCCUUGACGACACUGACUCCAGCUCUAUCAAAAUAGUGGGGUGCUUCGAUGAUGAGGAAAUAGGUUCACUUCUUCGCCAAGGCGCCCAUAGCAAUCUUCUCCCAAGCGCUCUGGAGCGCAUCUGCGAAGCUUUCUCCGAAAAGAGUUGCGGGGCCAACUGCGUGUCCCAGAUGUACGCGAAUAGCUUCUUGAUCUCUGCAGAUGUCUCUCAUGCUGUGAAUCCCAACUUCAUGGGCGCAUACCUGGAGAACCACGCCCCGAGGCUCAAUACUGGCAUUGCCAUCCAGGCAGAUCCGAAUGGCCAUACUACGACUGACAGCAUCAGUACGGCUUUCCUGCAACGCGUUGCUGACAAGUGUGAUGCCAAGCUGCAGGUCUUUCAAAUCAGGAAUGAUAGCAGGAGUGGGGGUACUGUGGGGCCGAUGCUGUCAAGUGCGAUGGGCAUGAGGGCGAUCGAUGCGGGCUUGCCGCAGCUCAGUAUGCAUAGCAUUCGGGCGACGAUCGGCAGUCAGGAUCCAGGGCUAGGCGUGAAGCUAUUUAAGGGCUUCUUCGAUCAUUUUGAAGAGGUUGAUGCGGAGUUCAGGUAA